AUGGCUGAGGGCAAGGCUCCUCAGUUCCUGAGCUUCAAUAGCAAGAUCUCCCCCGAGAUCGGCUCCUUCCAGCCGCCCAGCCCGUCGGAUCUCGAGGACAUGAAGAGCAAGGAUCCCCCCCUUCAGCAUACGUGGACCAUCUGGGAGCAGGUCGCGCAGAACCCGGCCGACAAGUCUAAGGAGUACUCUGACGCUACGCACCGUGUCGCGUCCUUCGCCACGGUGAAGGGCUUCUGGAAGUAUUGGAACCACUUGCCACAGCCCAGCGAGCUCCUCGACGGAAAGAAGUUCGUGCGAGAAGCCGGCGGCUCACGCAGCAUCGUCGACGCCCUCAUGGUCUUCCGCGAGGGCAUCAAGCCCGAAUGGGAGGACCCAAUCAACGCCAGCGGCGGGCACUUCCAGUUCCAGCUCCCUGCAUCCCUCGGCGGAGGGCCCAUCGACGAGAAGUGGAACAACAUCGUGCUCGGGAUGGUCGGCGGGUCCAUCGAGCCAGCCGAGAUGCUUACUGGAGUUCGCUUGGUGGACAAGCUCGUGCCGAAGAGUCGCAAUCCGGCAGUGCGGCUCGAGGUAUGGUUCUCAGACACGGAGGACACGGCGAAGGUGGACCUGCUGGAGAAGAGCCUGCAGAAGUGCACGACGACCCGCCCCGACGGCACGCACAGCCAGCCCGACGGGGGCAAGAUCGAGAGGAAGCCGCACGGCAGCCAGGGGCCGGGCUCCGAGCCGGCGAGAUGCCGUGGAAGUGGUGUGGCCGGGCGGCGCCAUGCGCCCCUGCACCGGUGGAGACCCGGGCGAGAGAGGGCGAAUAGCGGGCGCUGGGCCCCUAUGUGGCCCUCCCGGGACCAGCCUUUUGCACCCCGAGCCUGUAGGAGAGAAGGUGGCGAGGAGGAGGAGGACGAAAAGUGA